CAAAAGAAGUCGCGUCUACUGCCAUCAAGGUGCUUCCACACACACAAACUUCUACAACCCCCCAUUUUCUUUCCAAUUCCAAAAUCCAGGGUUUCCUCCUUUCCUCCUUUCCUCCAAUUCUCCCUUUCAUAUUGACCUGAUCUCCUCCAAUUCUUCUCCUUCGUUCCACACUUUCCAUCAUCACACAUCUACACAUCUACUUCCUGAUCACCUAACUCUCCUUUUGGGUGUUCAUGUAUUGGUCUAUCUCCGAUCUAUUUUGAUACCUGGUGUCUUUCCUGCUAUUCUCUUCAUCACCUUCUGCAUGCUGCAGACCUGACAAGAUGUCCACCUCAAAGCAUGCAUACCAAGGCUUCUUUCCAGAUGACCCAUCUGGAACAGUAGCUCACGAAUCCGACUUGGGACUAACCUCUCCAGCAAGCUCUACAGGAGGUUGCACACUAACAGCCAAGUAUGAGGACAAAGACCCCUUCACCUCCCCUGGUGCAAAGCUGGGCCACGAGCAGAAGCUCAGUGCCACAGCAUCCUCCUUUGAACCCUUCAGUGUCCACUUGAACAAGGGCUCUAUCCAUUCUAUUGCAGGAGGCGGCCAAUAUGUAGAACCAGUGUCCCCAGCUGAUAGCUUUGCCUCUGGUAUUGGACAGCAGGGCAUCUUCAGCACCAAUACCCAAGUUACCCGUGCUCUUAGAAUAUCUGGGAUAUACAUCACUGUCUCUAGAGAGCAAGUUGAGACAUGCCUUCAAGAGAAGGGAAUCCCUGAGCGUGCAACACGUCGAUUCUAUCACACUGCGAACGAGGUCUUGGUGAGAUUUUCUGAUGUCCAGGAUGCAGUUAUCAUCUACAGCUACGCAAAGAUCUCUCACCCUGAGUGGUCUGUUGAAUACAUAACUCCAGGUGUCUGCGCCGAGAAAGCAAACCCAAACUCAGCCUUUGUAUCUGCCUAUGAAGGCCAAGUUUCUCUGACCGCCAAGCUCCCUGUUGUGGGGGGUUUUGACAGGGCCAAAAUUGAAGAUAUUAUUGUGGAUCUUCUUGCCAUUGAUGGAGCAGUGUAUGCCUACCAGAAACAGGCACCAACUGAAGCUGGGACUGUCGGCAUGAUCGUCGAAUUCUGCGAUGUAGGAUCUGCGCAUCGUGCUGUUGCGAGACUCAACGGAGCCACCGUUAGGGGCAUAACUCUUAAACUCGGACUCCACAAGCCAGAUAUCGACCAGCGACCCCCACGAGUCCCACAUGGAUCUCAUCACACUCCAAUCCGCGGCCGUGGAGACUAUGAUGACUUGAUUGGAAGCAUUGAGCGAUUAUCUAUCUCAAGCCCUCCAGCAUACAACCAGCAGGUUCCAUUUUCAUACCCUACCACGAUGAUGAGCCCCGUGGGUAACUCUUAUGUUCCCACAUUUCCAGUGACCCCAGUAUUUCCCGGUGCUACUGUGCCACUUGGUGGUCCAUAUUCAUCUCCGCAAUCUCCAGCUACAGGAUACACCCCAGGAGGAUACGGCACUCCGUCUCAAUAUGGUGCCACUUCUGUGACAUCCAAUGAUUCGAGACUUACAACUCCAACGGGUAAGACUUGGAAUAAUACGGGCAGCCUAAUGAAUGGUGGCUCCAAAGAUGAAUCUCAAUCACAACUGCGCCUUUAUGGGCGUCGCCAAAAUUCCGUGCGCCAGAACGCGGUUCGAGGCACUGGUCGCCCUCAAUUUGGCAGCUCGGUGGGACAACACAACAUUGUCGACGUGGGCAGAAUCCGCCAAGGAUUAGACGUUCGGACUACUAUUAUGCUCCGCAACAUCCCAAAUAAGAUCAACCAGGAGAUGCUGAAGGGAAUCAUCGAUGAAACCAGCUUCGGCUCCUAUGAUUUCAUGUAUCUCCGCAUUGAUUUUGCCAAUAACUGCAAUGUUGGCUAUGCUUUCAUCAAUUUUGAGGAUCCAUGGCAUAUUAUUGCUUUUGUGGAAGCACGCGCCGGCCAACGAUGGAAUAGGUACAAUAGCGACAAGGUUGCCGAGGUCUCCUAUGCUACCAUUCAAGGAAAGGACUGUUUGGUACAGAAGUUCCGCAACAGCUCCGUUAUGCUUGAGCAUCCAUCAUUCCGACCCAAGAUUUUCCGAACAGGCCCUCCUCAUCUAGGUGGAGGCGGAGAGGAGGAUUUUCCUCUCCCCGACAAUGCCUCAAAAAUGAGACGCAGUGUUGAAAAUGCUGAGCAUGUCGGCCUGUUUGCUCCACGUGCUGGGCAGCACCAUAGAGACGAGCAACGCCGCCGCCGCUCUCAGUACGACAGAGGUACUCGCCUUGCGGCACUUGAGGAGUUUGAAUUCGAGGAUGUGAUUUCAUACCAAGAUGUUGCCCGCUACUCAUAUUAAUUUAUGAUCCGGUGUCUUGGCAGAUCUUGGAAUUAAUGUACACACAGCAAAUUCCGCAAGAAACAACCCUCACCCCAUGCAAAGCUACUGGAAUUUGAAAAUUUGGAGUGUCCCUUUGCACACUGGUAGAAGGCAGUACCACUUUGGGGUCUCGCGGUCAACAUGCUGGUAUCCGAAAUGCACUUUACUAUCUCAUUUGGGUCAAAUCGAUUUGCUUUACAGGACAAACAGUCACAUGCCGUUAUCUGGCCCGGCAUUAACUCAAUAUCCAGCCAAAUUCUUUCUGGACGAAUCUUGCAAGGAUUGCCCUUAGCUGUUUUGGAGGCUCUUUUACAUUCAACUACACAUUUGGUCGCUUCCAUCAUUGGGGAAGGAACUUUGGUAUUGCAUAUGCAAGCAAGUUCUGGGCGCUUUGUGGAAUAUUUUGAUGUGCAACGAACUGCCUAGAUGGGAUCUCUUGGGCUUUCAUUCAACCACUUUCGUGGAUUUUUGAAACUUUUUUGCUUUUCAAUCACAAUAGUCAUUUUGGGCCAUUUGUAUGGUACAAUGCACGUUGCCACAAUGCAAGUUAGCAGAGAUACGAACCACAUGGAACAAAAGGAAUUCAGAAUAAGCUGCUUAUCUAGUAGAUGGUUUCAGAAACUACUUGUCUCCUUGAUAGCUUUAUUAAAAUUGCA